UGCCUCUGGGCACUCCUUUCCCCUUUCCGUCUCACCUCUCGCCGAGCCCCGUCCAGUGCCUCUUCGGCUAGGCAUCCCGGGCCGUCGGACACCCCGUUCCAUUGACAAGCGGUCCUGAGAUCGGCGCUUUCCCCCAGACGUCUCCCUAAUUGUUGUUGAUUCGGACUCAGAGCGACCGGAUAGGACUGAGGCGAACAGCCCCAUAGGGUUUUCUUAGGCUGUAAUCUUCACGGAAGCAGAUCGCCACAUCGUUCUCCCUCGAGGACACUAGUGGAUUCGAACCGGUGACCUUUCCGUUAGCAGGGAAAGGUCGCUUUAACCUCGUAAAUAAGCGUACUGACAUCCGUGUUUUCAUCUUUAGAGUGAACUGAUGGUUGACUCAAGUUCAACCCCAAGAGCAGGAAUGCACCAGGUAGCAGAGACCACGUAACUUAACUAGGCACAGAUAAAGUUUAAUUGAGUUUCAGUUUCCUGUCAGGUUACUUCUUACCUGGGAAUGACUUCAUAGCUUGAUCCCUUCCUACUCACAAAGCACAAACGUUUUGUAAAUUCAUCAUCAUGGUGGCAAGCAGAUAAGACUUGCUAGGUACCAGGCCUUGUUCUAAGGACUUUACAGAGAUUUCUUGUCUGUUACGGCAUAAAAAGAAAUUUAUUGUUCAAAGUGUCAAUCAACUUUAGAUUUGGUAAAAUACUGUUUCAAAGUCAGGCUCAUAAUUCAAGUUUCUCUCUUUUUCCGUCCUACAUUUUUAAGUUUUGGAGGAAAAAUAAUAUUUUAUAGCCAUUGCGUCUAACAAAACUUGUUUCUUUAAUAAUAUUUAUUAAACCCUCCCUGUGCUCCAGAUACUGUUCUAAACUAAGCUCUUUUCAUUUGUUUCAUUUAAUUCGUUUAUCUCUUCCCCAUUGUACAGAUGAAGAAAUUGAGGCACAAAAAUGUAACCUGCCCAAGGUCUCACAGCUAGAAAAUGGCAUAGUUGAGAUGCUAGUGUAAUGCAUUGCUUUCUCAAAUAUGUAAUACCUGAAAUCACCCGUUCAGCAACAGAUAGAGCACCUGUCUUGAGCUGGACAGGGUUCAGGGCAUUUGGAAUACAUCAGUAGACAAAGCAAAGAUCCCUGCCAUCUGGUAUAUACUGAUUCAGCUAAUGUGGUAGCACAUGGAAGCAGCUAUGUUAGACUAUUUUAUAAUGCCAGUUAUCUCUUCAGUUGUGGAUAGUUGUUAGAUGUUAAAAAUUUUACUCCUAUUACAGUUUUUGCACCUUCAGCUCCAUGCUUUUUUACCCACAGUUAAUCUCGAAAAACAAAAACGACCAUUUCAACUUCUCAUCUUUUCUGCCCUCUGGUGGAGGUUGUUAAUGAGUAGGAAAAUGGCUGGAAGAAUCCACACAGAGACUUGGCCCCUAAGCAGAUCCAUACUGGUUAUAAGGAAUUAUGUCUACAAGUACCUUGUUUGGAUGACAAAGGUUAAUAGCAGAAGUUAACAGACUGUUUUUGGGGAGGCAUUAAAAAGAGAAAGAUUCUCAGGUUUGAAAAAAUGGCCAAAAGAAUUGCUGAAAAGGAAUUGACAGAUAGGAAUUGGGAUCAAGAAGAUGAAGCAGAAGAGGUGGGAACAUUCUCAGUGGCCAGUGAGGAAGUCUUGAAGAAUAGAGCCAUAAAAAAAGCAAAACGUAGAAAUGUUGGAUUUGAAUCUGAUAGUGGAGGGGCUUUUAAAGGUUUUAAAGGCUUGCUUGUGCCUUCUGGAGGAGGAGGAGGGUUUUCUGGAUUCGGGAAUGUCGCUGGAGCGAAGCUUUCAGGACUGUCAAAUGGAAAUAGCAUAACUAGUGCCCCUGUGCCUACCAGUGCAAAGGCGGCCACAGAGACCAAGACAACCUUUGGUUCUAUUGCUACAAAUGGCCCUACCUCCCUGGUCGAGAAGAAUAUUCCAGAUCCCAAAACUAACAGCGACAGUCAGCAGCCGUCCGGCUUUUCGGCCAGUACAGCGUGCCACGGCAGCAGCGCCUAUCACAAGCAGUUAGCGGCCUUAAAUUGCUGCGUCCGCGACUGGAUCGUGAAGCAUGUGAACACGAACCCGCUCUGUGACCUGACACCUAUCUUCAGAGACUACGAGAAACACUUAGCAAAUAUCGAACAGCAGCACGGGAACGGCAGCGGCAGUAGUUCUGAAAGUGACACUGACAAGGUGUUGGUUGAAGCACAGCCUCCUUCACUGUUUGGUUCAACAAAAUUACAGCAAGAAUCAGCGUUUUUGUUCCAUGGCAACAAAACUGAGGCUCCGUCCGAGAAGAUGAUGGAGGCCGCAUCUGAGAAGACGGACCCGUCCCCAGGAGCAACAAGUGCCUCGUUUCACUUCGGCAAGAAAAUCGACAGUGCAGUUUUGGGCUCGCUGAGCUCUGGGCCCCUGACGGGGUUCUCAUCCUCCCCAGGAAACGCCGGCAGCUUAUUUGGCAAAGAUACUACCCAGAGCAAACCAGUGUCUUCGCUGUUUGCCACCAGAACGCUGGAGAGCCAAGCAGAAGAUGGGAGCAGUGAAUGCAGAGGUGGAGACCAAGAAGAGAGUGAUGAGCCACCCAGAGUAGUCGUUACUGAAGUCAAAGAAGAAGAUGCUUUUUACUCCAAAAAGUGCAAACUAUUUUACAAGAAAUACAAUGAAUUUAAAGAGAAGGGUGUAGGUACUCUGCACUUAAAACCUACAGGCAAUCAGAAGACACAGCUUCUAGUGCGGGCAGACACCAAUUUAGGCAACAUAUUGCUGAAUGUUCUGAUUCCACCCAACAUGCCUUGCACCCGGAUGGGGAAGAACAACGUACUUAUUGUCUGUGUUCCAAAUCCUCCCAUCGAUGAGAAGAAUGCCACCACCCCGGUGACCAUGUUAAUCCGGGUCAAAACAAGUGAGGAUGCCGAGGAGUUGCACAAAAUUUUACUGGAAAGAAAGGAUGCCUGAGGGCGUGAGGCCGCCAGGAGUGGGUGCCAAGCUGCUGCUUCCCCCAUUACCCCCUUAACUUAGUUUUUUUCUCCUCUUCUACUUUGACAUUCUAAGAACUUAUAGAUAACUUAAAAACUUUUGUGAGGAAAAUUAAUAUGGCCAAUAAAACCUUUGAAUGUUAAGUGUCAAGAAACUGUAUUCUCCCUUCUUAAGAAUUGUCUAAUGUGUACAAUACAUUUGGAUGAAAAUUUUUGGAAGAUUUUUAAAGUUUGUUUACUAAGCUAACCGUAAGUGAUUUCUUAACAGACUGCAAUCAGGGUAUCGAUUAGCUUUCCCAAAGGCUAUCGUGGUCCCGGGUGUUAGGCCAGCCGCCACUGCUGCCCCCACUGAUGGGGCUCCAGGACGCAAUGUUGGCAGGAGACCCACCGCUGCGUCCGGAGAGAAGCCUGCCUGGAGCAGCGUCCUCUCCUCUCGGGGCGGUCUUCUGGGAUGACAGCGCUGUUACCAAAUGAGAGAGAUGUGCUUGCUUUGCUUUGUUUAUGAAGGUUUAUUUUAAAGCUAAUCAGCCUGUUACCUGCAAACGCUGGCCUGUAACGCUCUAGGCUGCUUUCUGGAGUUCAGGACCUACUUUUCCAUUUUGAACGCGAUGAGCGACUUGCGGAGGGCCAAGUGGACUUCAGCAGUUCCUCGGUUUGGGUUUGUGGUUUUAUUCAUGAGGUGCUGUUACUUCUCUGUCCUCCUAAAGACAGUUGAGGAGAGGGGGAUUUCCAGGAGUUGGUUUAAAAGCACAAAAUUGCCAGUGUAUGUUUUCUAGACCAUGGAAAGUAAACCCUUAUGAAAAUAAAGUUAAGUCAUAGUUAAACCGGACUAGAUAAAAAAGAAACUAGGAUGCUGUAUGUGGAACCCUCUGGGCGGGGAGCCAUGUACUUAGGUGACGGGUGGAGCUUUCCUGAACGCGAGCCGUAGGGGUUAACGGGAAGCAUGUCAGGUGGUGGAAGAGAGAAUCGCAGGUGUAGAUUUUGCCUUUAGACAGCAGUACACUCUACCUUUGAUACUUGAAAUCUCCUUUUGCUUUUUGAAGGAUCAGAUAUUUAACCUGCCCCUUUGGAAGGGCGCCGUGGUCAUGCCCAGAAUACCCGUGGCGCAUGCCUGCUACUUGCUUGUGGCUGUUAGAGAAGCAGCACUCGUGUGCUUUGAAGACUCGGGCUCGUGAACUCGGUGCACAGUUAAGUUCCCGCUGUCAUUCCUCGUGAGCUGUUUCACCCUGGCACCAGCGUGGUCUUAAGAAUCAAGGCUCAGGUCAGUGCCGAGGCGCUCCCACUUGUAUAUUCUGGUCUUCGGCACAUAACGUAGUUUGACUUAGAAGAAAGCAGUCAGAAUAAUUGUGGAUGGUUCAGUUGCUUUAAAAAAAAAAAAAAAAAAAAAAAGCUAGGAUCUGAGUGCCAAGUGGUGAAAACAGUCUUAUGAUCAAAUAUGUCGACCCUUACAUGCUUGAGGCGAGCUGACUGGGCCAGCGUUUCCUAUGAGGUGCUCUUCCUUUUUGAUUCCAGUGGGAGAGAGUGGCCCAGUGUGUGACUUUGGAGAAAUGCAUGCAGAGAGGUGUGCUUGCACUAUUAUGGGAUGCGGUCACAAACUCAGCUAUGUUGUGCAACCUAGGAAGGAAGUGGUGGUUCUUUCUGUAUUUCCUUUUUAGAAUUGAGAAUGUUCAUGGGUUUUUGUUGCAGAAAAUUUACAGUAAGCAGGUGGUUGAUAGUUCUGUUAACACCGACCCUGCCCUAUUCACCUAGACUUACUCAACUGUUACAAGGAUGAAGAGGAAAUAAGAAAAGGGGGACUGCCGUGUCUUACAGCUUAGCCACACCACCCAAGAGAGUGAAACUCAUACUGUCGUGUUCACGAUGUGGUGCGGUGUUCACCUCUGCCUGUGCCGUGGCAUGUCUGUGUGGACGUGACGUGAAAAUACCAUGACUAGAUUAUCUGUUAACCAUCCCCCCCAAAAGUUCCUAUCUUUUCUUUUUAAAUUAGUGGAUAUGUGUGGCUUUUUUUUUUCUUCCUAACAUUCCCAGCAAAUUCUUGCUGCUAAAAGACUGUCACUGUUAAAGUGAAAAUUACAGGGAAAGAUGUGAUGUGUGCACCGUAACCCACAAUGUGGUAUUUUCGUAAAGCCAGUCGUUUACGCUUUAGGGGCCUGCUGGUCUCCACUGUGAUUAUGUACCUGUCUGGCAGCCUGAGUCUGCGUGGGCUUCACCCCCCAGCCCCUGGAGGGCUCAUCUUUUUUUCCCUAGGGUAUUAACAGCUGAGCUUUGACCCAGGGUUAUUUUAGUUUGAUUUUUUAACAGAUAUUAGAAAUUAAGCUUUAAAAUGUUACAUGUAAUAUGGACUGAAAUUUCAUACGUUUAGUUUGUGAAUCUCUAAAUUGUAUCACAUACAUGACCUAAAGUGGAGUGUGUAUCUUUAAAUCAACUUGUUCUGCAUCUUGACAAAUACCGAGUAUCCGAGUGGCCUUUUUAAAAAAAAAAAUCCGAUGUGUGUGCAUUUCAUCCUUUCGAGCAUUCCCAGUAAGCAAAAGAGUGAGUCGUCUUUGUUGUUAGAAUCCCAGACUGAAAAUGUGUCCAGUUCUCAAAGACGUUUUAGAUUGUUUUCCAUGGAAGGGCAUGUCUGUUUCUGUGCUGACUUUAAGAGGGCUGUACUACAAUUUCAAUUGUAAACCAUGUUUUUUAUAUGCUGCAUGCCAAAAAAAAAAAAAAACCACC